AGUUAGCCCAGGGAGGAAGGGGACCGAAUGACAGUAUGGUUAUAUCAAUGGUCCGAUUCUUGGUUCCAACCCUUGAUUGUCCUAUGAGAGCACCACCCAUUCCUUACAACACAUCUCUCCUCUUCAUUUUGGGAGUUUUGAAGUUAUUAAAGUUAUUGAUUUCUUUUCCUUACAACCAAAAUAAUCUAAAUUAAGAUUGUGGUCAAGCUUGGAUUAAAACCCGCCUCCUGGCUCCAAGACCCAUGUUUUUCCAUCAUGCUGACUGGCAGCAAAGAUGUCUCCCCAUGGAUUUUUCAGAACUCUGUUCUUUAAAUGUGACCUUGGAUACACCAAACAAACUCAUGCCAUCCAAAGGUUGGAGGGACUGCCUAGUUUUAGCAAUGAAAGUCCCACGUCACGGGAAACCUCUCAGUCCUGGACAAAUCAAGAUGACAUUUUCUAUGCAUAUGCAAGCAUGUCACCAGGAGCAGAGCACAGAGGGACAACACAGCUUUUGCCCUUCCAGCUGGCUCCCAUCAAGAAGUUAGAAGGGAGCCUGCAAACACAUUUCCUGCUAUCAUCUUUCCACCCCAGAGUGACUUUCCCUGGUAGAGCUGGGGGAGGGGAGGCAGGCAGCAGGCCCCCCAGGAGGCCCUGGGCAGGAAUAUUAAUACCCCAACUUCCCAGCACAAGAGGAGGGAGGAGGAGCGGCCACGGAGCGGGACCCUGGAAGGUGGUUGCUGAGCAGCCGGUGGGAGGCACGGAUCCGCCAGCUUACGGCGGCAGGGGCCGCCCAAGUCCUAAUGAAAACAUCUAG